UGCUUCUUACCAAAUUAAAGCUGCACCAACCGAUAAUACCAGCGUCUUGUUUAUACUUGCCAAGUGACACAACGCACACCGGCAUUCCACGUUACGGCAAUAUAUUAAUAGCAUUAUUGGCUGCAAUCCGGAAGAAGGAUCCCACAUCACUCCACAGAAGUCCGGAAGAACAUAGCAUCUCACGCUCUGCUCCGGCGAUCCGUUCCGGCUGACGCUCGAGAUGGCCAACGGCACCGUCCCUGCCGGCGGCGACAAGCAGCAACCGCACGUCGUGUGCGUCCCGUUCCCGGCGCAGGGCCACGUCACGCCAAUGGUGAAGCUGGCCAAGGCGCUCCACUGCAAGGGCUUCCACGUCACCUUCGUCAACACCGAGUACAACCACCGCCGCCUCGUCCGCUCCCGGGGCCCCGCCGCCGUCGCGGGCCUCCCGGGCUUCCGCUUCGCCACCAUCCCGGACGGGCUGCCGGCGUCCGACGCCGACGCCACGCAGGACCCGGCCUCGCUCUGCGACUCCACCAUGAGGACCUGCGCGCCGCACCUGAAGCGCCUGAUCGAGCAGCUCAGCAGCCCUGGCAGCGGGGUGCCGCCCGUGACGUGCGUCGUGGCCGACAACGUCAUGAGCUUCAGCUUGGACGCCGCCAGGGAGGCCAGCGUGCCGUGCGCGCUCUUCUGGACCGCCAGCGCCUGCGGGUACAUGGGCUACCGCCACUUCCGGUUCCUCAUGGACGAAGGCCUUGCGCCGCUCAAAGAUGAAGAGCAGCUGAGGAAUGGGUACCUGGACAUGCCGGUGGGGUUGGCGCGCGGGAUGAGCAGGCACAUGCGGCUCAGGGACUUCCCGACCUUCAUCUACACGAUGCAGCGCGGUGACAUCCUGCUGGACUUCAUGAUGCGCGAGGUGGCGCGGGCGGACGCGGCGGAUGCCGUCAUCCUCAACACCUUCGACGAGCUCGAGCCGGCGGCGCUCGACGCCAUGCGCGCCAUCCUCCCGCCGCCCGUCUACACCAUCGGCCCGCUCGGCCUCCUCCUGGAGCGCCUGGCCGCCGCCCCCGGCGCCGCCGCGCUCGCCACGGUCCGCGCCAGCCUCUGGAAGGAGGACGACGCCUGCGUCCGGUGGCUGGACGGCAGGCCGGCUCGGUCCGUGGUGUACGUGAACUACGGGUGCAUCACCACCAUGUCCAAUGAGGAGCUGGUGGAGUUCGCGUGGGGCCUAGCGGGCAGCGGCUACGACUUCCUGUGGAUCGUCCGGCCGGACCUCGUGAAGGGCGAGACCGCCGUGCUGCCCGCGGAGUUCGUGGAGUCCACCCGGGGGCGGUGCCUCCUGGCGAGCUGGUGCGAGCAGGAGGCCGUGCUGCGGCACGAGGCGGUCGGGGUGUUCCUGACGCACAGCGGGUGGAACUCGAUGACGGAGAGCCUCUGCGCGGGGGUGCCGAUGCUGUGCUGGCCCUUCUUCGCGGAGCAGCAGACCAACUGCCGGUACGCGUGCACCGAGUGGGGCGUGGGGGUCGAGGUCGCCGGCGGCGUGCGGCGGGAGGCGCUGGAGGCAAGGAUCAAGGAGGCGAUGGCCGGCGACAAGGGGAGGGAGAUGAGGCGGAGGGCGGAGGAGUGGAAGGAGGCCGCCGUCCGGGCGACGCAGCCCGGCGGCAGGGCGUUGACCAACCUGGAGGAUCUGAUCCAUGACGUCCUCCUGCCCAGUAAGAGCUCUUAGCUGGUCAGAGGAGCGACCACGAAAUCUGCACAGAUUUGUAGCAGGACCUUAGCAUGUUGAUGUUGUUUUGUGCGAGUGUGCAUGCCACCAGAUGACUAGAAUAAAGAGAGUCGUCGUCAAGGUUGUCUGUGCUUGGAAAGUCUUCCUUGUGACGCAACUCAAUCAUCCAUGCAUGAAACAUUUCGCCGGGAGAUUUUGUUCAUCGUUUGAGGGGAUGCUGCAUACCCCGGCCAUUUGCCAACUUUGAACCAGUUCGGAUAGAAUUCGCGGUUUGAUUUCCACAGUUGCACUGCAUCUUGGAUUUGAUUUAAGAGUUUUAUUCCA